UCAUUGGUCUCCUCUCGGUUCAGCCUCACACCAACCAUGCUGCUCCAAGAGUCCCGACAGCUCCAAUAACAGCUCGGGCUCCGGCGCCCCUGCUCCGACCGUGCGCUCUCCUGGGUCAAGGUAGAGCCCCCGCGGGCCCCGCGCCACUCGCACCCUCUCACACCGGGCCAGAAGGGCAGCGGAAGGGGCCGCCCCACCCGCUGGGUGAGGGCUGCGGCGUCCAGAGAAGGAAACGUUGACAGCUGGAGCCUGCUGCUGGAAGGGUUUGCGCUGGGACUCGGGGACUGCCGUAGCGCUGCGCAAGACGCAAGACCCGGGCUAGCCCUCUGAAAAACAAGCAGCUGUACUACCAGGCAGUGUCUGUGAUCAACCUCAGGAAGAGACGAAGGAUGGCCAAAGAGAAGGGCCUCAUCAGCCCAGAAGACUUCGCUCAGCUGCAAAAGUACAUAGAAUACUCCAGCAAAAGGGUCAGCGAUGUACUGAAGGUCUUUGACGAUGGUGAGAUGAACAGAUUUUGCCAGGGAGAUGCCAUUGGGUACCUAGGAUUUGAACAAUUUAUGAAAAUGUAUCUGGAAGUGGAGGAGGUUCCCCAUCACCUGUGCUGGGCUCUGUUUUGGUCCUUCCACACUAGUCAAGAUGUGGCUGAGAAGACCAAGUCAAAAGCCAAUGUGAUCUGUCUCAGUGAUGUGUACUGCUACUUCACCCUCCUAGAAGGUGGCCGGCCAGAAGACAAGCUAGAGUUCACCUUCAAGCUGUACGACAUGGACAGGAAUGGGAUCCUGGACAGCACGGAAGUGGAAAAAAUCAUCCUUCAGAUGAUGCGAGUGGCCGAAUAUCUAGACUGGGAUGUGUCUGAGCUGAGACCGAUCCUUCAGGAGAUGAUGAAAGAGAUGGAUCAGGACGGCAGUGGCACUGUAUCUCUAGCCGAGUGGGUCCGGGCUGGGGCCACCACGGUGCCGCUGCUUGUGCUUCUGGGCAUGGACAUGACUAUGAAAGAUGACGGCCACCAUAUGUGGAGACCCAAGAGAUUCACCAGACUGGUCUACUGCAACCUAUGCGAACUGAGCAUUAGCCUCGGCAAACAGGGCCUGCGCUGUAACCUCUGUAAGUACAUUGUUCAUGACCACUGUGCCAUGAAGGCCCAGCCUUGUGAAGUCAGCACCUAUGCCAAGUCUCGGAAAGACAUUGGUGUCCAGUCACACGUAUGGGUUCGAGGAGGUUGUCAAUCUGGGCGUUGUGACCGCUGCCAGAAAAAGAUCCGGACCUACCACAGCCUAACAGGACUGCAUUGUGUGUGGUGCCACCUGGAGAUCCAUGAUGACUGUCUGCAGGCUGUAGGUCCUGAGUGUGACUGUGGGUUGCUCCGUGAUCAUAUCCUGCCUCCGUGUUCCAUCUACCCCAGCGUCCUGGUAUCUGGACAAGAGGGCAAACAUAAGACCACAGAUGAUACAAGCUUGUGCACCCCUGAGGCUUUUCGGAUUGAACCUGUUCCUAACACCCACCCCCUUCUAGUCUUCAUCAAUCUUAAGAGCGGAGGCAAGCAGGGGCAGAGGUGGCUCAGAUUCUUCAAAGAUGUUCCUCAGUUCCGGAUAUUGGUGUGUGGUGGAGAUGGCACAGUAGGCUGGAUUCUAGAGACCAUUGACAAAGCCAACUUUGCCACGGUGCCUCCCGUUGCUGUGCUGCCCCUGGGCACUGGAAAUGAUCUGGCUCGUUGCCUAAGAUGGGGAAGAGGUUAUGAAGGUGAGAAUUUGACAAAGAUCCUCAAGGAUAUAGAGAUAAGUAAGGUGGUAUAUCUCGACCGAUGGUUCCUGGAAGUGAUACCCCAACAAAAUGGAGAAAAGAGUGAUCCAGUUCCCUCUCAAAUCAUCAAUAACUACUUCUCCAUUGGCGUGGAUGCUUCUAUUGCUCACCGAUUCCAUCUCAUGAGGGAGAAAUACCCUGAGAAGUUCAAUAGCAGAAUGAAGAACAAGCUUUGGUACUUUGAGUUUGCCACAUCUGAGUCCAUCUUCUCAACAUGCAAAAAGCUGGAAGAGUCUGUGACCGUUGAGAUAUGUGGGAAGCUGCUGGAUCUGAGCAACCUAUCCCUAGAAGGCAUUGCGGUAUUGAAUAUCCCGAGCAUGCAUGGUGGCUCCAACCUCUGGGGUGACACCAAGAGACCUCACGGGGAUACGUGUGAGAUCAACCAGGCAUUGGGCAGCACGGCCAAAAUAAUCACAGACCCUGAUAUCCUGAAGACCUGUGUGCCAGACAUGAGUGACAAGCGGCUGGAAGUGGUAGGAAUAGAGGGUGCGAUUGAGAUGGGCCAGAUCUAUACCAGGCUCAAGAGUGCUGGACACCGGCUGGCCAAGUGCUCUGAGAUCACAUUCCAGACCACAAAAACCCUCCCCAUGCAAAUUGACGGGGAGCCCUGGAUGCAGGCACCCUGUACAAUCAAGAUCACCCAUAAGAACCAGAUGCCCAUGCUUAUGGGUCCACCCCCCAACUCCUACAAUUUCUUUGGCUUUUGGAGCUGAAGAUGCUCUCUGUCUUGAGCCUACCUCCCGGUUCCUGAAGAUUUCCUACUGUCUAGAUGCUGCCACACCUUCCUGUCAGCCCAGAGGGAUGUUCCAUCACCUUUGCAGUAUUUAUUAUCCUCUGCCACCUCCCUGCUCCCAGACAGACCUCCUUACACAACCAGCAACGCAACGCGGAACACUGAAAAUGCCUCAUCUAAUAAAGCGACUUUCUCCAUUACCCUCACCCCUCUACAGACAGAUUUAAAAGCAGACAGAAUAAAUAAAUGAACAACAACAAAAGCCCCACCGCAAGGUUCUGAGAAUUUAUUUCACAUAUCGGUAGUCUCGAAGGGAAGACUGCAGAAAACACAGGAGCUGCUGUCAACCCCAGGAAAUCCACAGCGCCUUGAGAAUGAUCAGACCUGCU